GUUUGUUCUUGACUUAUGUUACUCAGCAAACCAGCGAGUGCCAUUGUUGGAGUAGCUCACCAUGUCUCAUUUAUGCGUCCAUAUGGACUAUUUGACAUCGCUGCCGUUUCACUUGCCAAUUCUUUGACUCAUUUUGCUUUUCUGGAUAGUAUUUCCGACAAGAUGGAUUACAUUGGAAUCAAUUACUAUGGACAGGAAGUCAUUUGUGGUGCAGGGUUGAAACUAGUGGAGAAAGAUGAGUACAGUGAAUCUGGGCGUGGAGUCUAUCCUGAUGGCUUGUUCCGUGUGUUGCUCCAAUUUAAUGAAAGAUACAAACAUCUUAAUCUUCCCUUUGUAAUCACUGAAAAUGGUGUUUCUGAUGAAACGGACUUGAUUAGAAAACCAUACUUGUUGGAACAUCUGCUUGCAACUUACGCAGCCAUGAUAAUGGGUGUUCGUGUGCUUGGGUACUUGUUUUGGACUAUCUCUGAUAACUGGGAAUGGGCGGAUGGGUAUGGUCCCAAGUUUGGACUUGUAGCAGUUGAUCGUGCCAAUAAUCUUGCUCGGAUUUCACGUCCUUCAUACAAUUUGUUUUCAAAGAUUGUAGCAUCUGGCAAAAUAAUGCGGGAAGACAGGGAACGUGUGUGGGGUGAGCUCCAAACCGCCGCUAACGAGGGAAAAAAGAGACCAUUCUAUCGAUCAGUGAAUAAAUAUGGCUUUAUGUAUGCAGGAGGCCUCGAUGAGCCCAUAUGGCGACCUUAUGUAAAAAGAGAUUGGCGGUUUGGGCACUAUAAGAUGCAAGGUUUGCAGGAUCCGUUGAGCCGUUUUGCACGAUGUCUUCUGCAUCCUUUCUCACUCAAAAAGAAGGCAGAGACAGAGAGAGAGAGUGAUACAUUUACUCUUGAGUCUCUCAUGGCAAAUAUCUAGUUACUACUGCAUCAGAUUGUUUAAAAAAUUCUCCUUGAGAAUCCUUAACCGGAUGCUAUAGUAAGGUAUGCCUGUCAGCAAUGGCCCCGCCUUUUUUCCCUGAUGGAUGAAUAUUAUUUUUCCAUUGAAUGCCUUUUUUCCCUGAUGUGAUGAUUAGGAGAUAAAUAAGAUCAUGCAGAAUGCUAUUAUUUCUGUAGUAUAUUUUAGUGCUAUAUAUAAUUAGUUUCUUAUUAAGCUUCUGUUAAUAUUUAUUUACUUAGGAAUCUAAAUUUAGAUGGAGGGUAUUGUUCUUUA